UGGCGGCUAGAGGUGGAACAGUACAUCAACAGUGAAAACAAAAAGUCCAGAGAAAACUGAAGGAGCUUCACUAGACACGACUCAGGCACUGAAAAAGUUCAUACAUGAGAAUGUCUCGCUGGGUGCCCACGAAAAAGGAGAAGUAUGGAGUCGCGAUCUAUAACUACGAUGCCCGCAGUGAGGAGGAGCUGUCUCUGCAGAUUGGGGAUACGGUGCACAUACUGGAGACGUAUGAAGGAUGGUACAGGGGAAACAGGCUGAGAAGGAAGUCCAAAAAGUUGUUUCUGUCUCUUACACAGGGCAUAUUCCCUGCGUGCUACAUUCACCUGAAAGAAGCCACAGUGGAGGGCAAUGGCCAGAAAGAGACGGUCAUCCCCAACGAGCUGCCCUUGGUGCAGGAGGUCACCACCACCCUCCGAGAAUGGGCCUCCAUAUGGAGAGACCUAUAUGUGGGAGACAAGCGCGAGAUGUUCAACUCGGUGCGCGACAUGAUCUACGACCUGAUCGAGUGGCGCUCUCAGAUCCUGUCCGGCACGCUCCCGCAGGACGAGCUGACGGAGCUCAAGCAGAAAGUCACCUCCAAGAUGGACUACGGCAACAAGUACCUGGAUCUGGACCUGGUGGUCAGGAACAAAGACGGGAACAUCCUGGACCCCGACCUGACCAGCACCAUCAGCCUGUUCCGGGCCCACGAGGCCGCCUCCAGACAGAUCGAGGAGCGCAUCCAGGAGGAGAAGUCCCAGAAGCAGAACAUGGAUCUGAGCAGGCAGGCCAAGUUCGCCUCCACGCCGUCCUUCGCCCUGUUCGUCACCCUCAAGAACGUGGUGUGCAAGAUCGGAGAGGACGCCGAGGUGCUCAUGUCCCUCUACGACCCCGUGGAGUCCAAGUUCAUCAGUGAGAACUACCUGGUCAAGUGGUCCAGCUCUGGGCUGGUCAAGGACUUGGAUCAGCUGCACAAUCUGCGGGCUGUGUUCACGGACCUGGGCAGUGAGGACCUGAAGAGGGAGAAGAUCAGCUUUGUGUGCCAGAUUGUGCGCGUGGGACGCAUGGAGCUGCGGGACAACAACACCAAGAAGCUGACCACAGGCCUGCGCAGGCCCUUUGGAGUGGCAGUCAUGGACGUGACGGACAUCAUCACGGGCAAGAUGGAUGACGAGGACAAGCAGCACUUCAUCCCCUUCCAGCCGGUGGCGGGGGAGAACGACUUCCUCCAGACCGUCAUCAACAAGGUCAUCGCCGCCAAAGAGGUCAACCACAAGGGCCAAGGUUUGUGGGUGACCCUGAAGCUCCUUCCUGGAGACAUCCAUCAGAUCCGGAAGGACUUCCCCCAUCUGGUGGACCGCUCCACAGCUGUGGCGCGCAAGAUGGGCUUCCCCGAGAUCAUCAUGCCAGGUGACGUGAGGAAUGACAUCUAUGUGACCCUGGUCCAAGGAGAGUUUGACAAAGGCAGCAAGACCACCCCCAAGAACGUGGAGGUCACCAUGUCUGUGUACGACGAGGAUGGGAAGAAGCUAGAGAAUGUAAUCUUCCCUGGAGCCGGAGAUGAAGGGAUCCUUGAGUACAAGUCUGUGAUCUACUAUCAAGUGAAACAACCUCGCUGGUUUGAGACAAUCAAGGUGGCCAUUCCCAUUGAGGACGUCAACAGGAGCCACCUCCGCUUUACCUUCAGACACAGAUCAUCUCAGGACUACAAAGACAAAUCGGAGAAGAUCUUCGCCUUGUCCUUCGUCAAGCUGAUGAGGUAUGACGGCACCACGCUGCGCGACGGAGAGCAUGAUCUCAUCGUCUACAAGGCUGAGGCUAAGAAGAUGGAGGACUCCUCUCUUUACUUGAACGUCCCGGCCACCAAGUUGGAGCUGGAGGAGAAGGGCUACCCCACCACGGGCAAGAGCAUGCAGAACCUGGGCAACUGCACCAUCAGCAAAGACUCCUUCCAGAUCGCCACCCUCGUCUGCUCCACCAAGCUCACCCAGAACGUGGACCUGCUGGGUCUGUUGAAGUGGCGUUCCAACACCAGCCUGCUCCAGCAGAACCUGCGGCAGCUCAUGAAGGUGGAAGGAGGAGAGGUCGUCAAGUUCCUGCAAGACACCCUGGAUGCCCUCUUCAACAUCAUGAUGGAGAAUUCUGACAGUGACACGUUUGAUACCCUGGUUUUUGAUGCUUUGGUUUUCAUAAUUGGUCUGAUCGCGGACAGAAAGUUCCAGCACUUUAACCCCGUCCUUGAGACCUACAUCCGGAAACACUUCAGCGCUACGCUGGCCUACACGAAACUGACAAAGGUGCUGAAGAACUACGUGGACAAUGCAGAGAAGCUCACGGAUCAGCUCCUCAAGGCCAUGAAGGCGCUGGAAUACAUUUUCAAGUUUAUUGUGCGCUCCCGAGUGCUCUUCAAUCAGCUGUACGAGAACAAAGGUGAGGCCGACUUCAUGGAGUCCCUGCGCAACCUCUUCACCUCCUUCAACAGCAUGAUGAACAGCAGCGCCGACAACACCAGCAUGGUCAAGGGUGCCGCACUGAAGUACAUUCCAACCAUCGUCAACGAUGUCAAGCUGGUGUUUGAUCCAAAGGAGCUGAGUAAACUGUUUACGGAGUUCAUCCUGAAGGUCCCAGCAGGACGCCUUAUGAAGCAGAAGCUGAACUGCAUGAUUGACAUUGUUGACAGUGACCUCUUCACGCAGCACGACUGUAGGGAGAUCCUGCUGCCCCUGAUGACUGAACAGCUAAAGCUGCACCUGGAGCAGCAUGAAGAGCUGGAGGCCUGCUGCCAACUCCUCAGCAACAUCCUUGAGGUGCUCUACCGCACUGAUGUGGGUCCAACUCAGUGGCAUAUUGAGGUCAUUAUGGAGAAGCUUCUGCGGACGGUCAACCGAACGGUCAUCUCCUUGGGUCGAGAUUCAGCGCUCAUAGGCAGUUUUGUAGCCAGCAUGACAGCCACUCUGCGUCAGAUGGAGGACUACCACUACUCUCAUCUCAUCAACACCUUUGGCAAAAUGAGGACGGAUGUAGUGGAUUUCCUAAUGGAAACAUUUAUCAUGUUCAAGGAUCUCAUUGGCAAGAAUGUCUACCCUGCCGACUGGGUUAUAAUGAACAUGAUGCAGAAUAAGGUCUUCCUGCGCGCCAUCAAUCAAUAUGCCACCGUGCUGAACAAGAAGUUCCUGGACCAGACCAACUUCGAGCUGCAGCUGUGGAACAACUACUUCCACCUGGCCGUGGCCUUUCUCACACAGGAGUCCCUGCAGCUGGAGAACUUCUCCAGUGACAAGCGCAACAAGAUCUACCACAAGUAUCAGGACAUGAGGAGGCAGAUUGGCUUUGAGAUCCGAGAUAUGUGGUAUAACUUGGGUCCGCACAAGAUCAAGUUCAUCCCGGAGAUGGUGGGGCCCAUCCUGGAGAUGACGCUGGUGCCGGAGAUCGAGCUGCGCAAGGCCACCAUCCCCAUCUUCUUUGAUAUGAUGCAGUGCGAGUUCCACUUCACACGCAGCUUCCAGAUGUUUGAGAAUGAGAUCAUCACCAAGCUGGACCACGAGGUGGAGGGCGGCCGAGGAGACGAGCAGUACAAAGUCCUCUUUCAGAAAAUUUUACUGGAGCACUGCAGGAAGCACAAGUACCUGGCCAAGACAGGUGAGAACUUUGUGACCCUGGUGGUGCGUCUGCUGGAGCGUCUGCUGGACUACCGGACCAUCAUGCACGACGAGAACAAGGAGAACCGCAUGAGCUGCACCGUCAACGUGCUGAACUUCUACAAAGAGAUUGAGAGAGAGGAGAUGUACAUCAGGUACCUGUACAAGCUGUGUGACCUCCACAAAGAGUGUGAUAACUACACUGAGGCCGCAUACACUCUGCUGCUACAUGCCAAGCUACUUAAGUGGUCCGAGGAUCCCUGCGCUGCCCAUCUCACCCAGAGGGACGGCUACCAGGCCACCACGCAGGGUCAGCUCAAAGACCAGCUCUACCAGGAGACCAUCAACUACUUCGACAAGGGCAAGAUGUGGGAGGAGGCCAUCAUUCUGGGGAAGGAGCUGGCUGAGCAGUACGAAAACGAAAUGUUUGACUUUGAGCAGCUGAGUGCUCUGUUGCGCAAGCAAGCUCAGUUCUACGAGAACAUCGUCAAGGUGAUCCGGCCGAAGCCUGACUACUUUGCUGUGGGCUACCACGGCCUGGGCUUCCCCUCGUUUCUCAGGAAUAAGAUGUUCAUCUACCGGGGGAAAGAGUACGAGCGCAGGGAGGACUUUGAGGCGCGACUGCUCACUCAGUUCCCCAACGCCGAGAAGAUGAAGACCACUAACCCGCCUGGAGAAGAGAUAAGGACCUCACCCGCUCAGUACAUCCAGUGUUUCACAGUCAAGCCCAUCCUCGAGCUUCCACCAAAGUUCCAGAACAAACCGGUGUCGGAGCAGAUCCUGAGUUUCUACACUGUAAAUGAAGUGAACAAGUUCCAGUAUUCCAGACCUAUUAGGAAAGGGGAGAAGGACCCAGACAACGAGUUUGCAAACAUGUGGAUCGAGCGGACCACUUACGUCACCGCCUACAAGCUGCCCGGCAUCCUGCGCUGGUUCGAAGUCAAGUCCUUCUCCACGGAGGAGAUCAGUCCCUUGGAGAACGCCAUGGAAACCAUGCAAUUGACCAAUGAAAAGAUCAGCAACAUGGUGCAGAGACACUUGAACGAUACCAACCUUCCUAUCAACCCCCUGUCCAUGCUGUUGAAUGGAAUUGUAGACCCGGCCGUCAUGGGUGGCUUCACCAACUAUGAGAAGGCCUUCUUCAACGAGAAGUACACCCAGGAGCACCCGGAGGACCGUGAGAAGAUUGACAAGCUCAAGGACCAGAUAGCCUGGCAGAUCCCGUACCUGGCGGACGGCGUGCGGAUCCACGGUGAGAAGGUGACUGAGGCGCUGAGGCCCUUCCACGAGCGCCUGGAGGCCUGCUUCAAGCAGCUCAGGGAGAAGGUGGAGAAGCAGUACGGGGUCAAGACUCUGCCGGGGGUGGACGAGCGUCGUGGCGGUCAGAGGCCCCGCUCUAUGGUGCGCUCCUUCACCAUGCCCUCCUCCCAGCGGCCACUGUCUGUCGCCUCGGUCACCUCCAUCUCCUCCGACAACUCCCCCUCCAGGCCCGGCUCUGAUGGGUUUACCUUGGAGCCUCUGCUGCCAAAGAAAGUGCACUGCAAGUCCCAGGACAAGCUGGACCGCGAGGAGCCGGAGAGGGAGCGCAAGGACAAGGACAAGAAGAAGGAGAAGAGGAACAGCAAGCACCAGGAGAUCUUCGACAAGGAGCUCAAGGCCACCGACAUCCCCAUGCAGCCGUCUGAGACCGUCAUACUCUCAGAGAUGAUCAGUCCACUGAGGCCCCAGAGGCCCAAGAGCCAGGUGAUCAACCUGUUGGGCCCCGACCGUCGCCUCUCGGUGUCCCCCGGCCCCCCGACCCCCUCAGGCACGGCGGCGGCAGGUGCCCCUCCUCCCAUCACCCCCCGGGCCAAGCUCUCCUUCAGCCUCCUGUCGGGCUCCAAUCUGGAGCUGAACGGGACAGGAUGCGCGGAGAAAGGGGAAGUCCCGCCCCCGCUGCCGAUGAAGGGCAGCAUGGCCGACUACGGGAACCUGAUGGACAACCCAGAGCUGGCCAGCCCCACCACCCCUCCCCCUCCCCCACCACAUCUGAGGCAUCUGCCGCCCCCCCUGCCGAGCAAGACUCCCCCUCCCCCACCACCGAAGACGACAAGGAAGCAGGCCUCCAUCGAUUCUGGAAUCGUACAAUAAGAGGCAACGUUAACCUGCCAGGAGGAACAAAGCGAUUAGAACUGAUCUGAACUGAACAAACAUUGAAACUCCUCCCCCUCCCACCCCCAAAGACUGAAUUGAAAUUGUGUAUUAGUGUUUUAAAUGUAGAACCCCUCCCCCCACCUUCCCCCAGUUUUGGCAAAGCUGAAUACCUCAUGAAGGUGUGCAUCUGCGAUCGCUGCUCUCCUCUAGGAGUGAGUGCGCUCCACUAGGGAAGCUGUGCAAAUGAUGAAUCAAGCCCUGGAGUGAGCGGUCAGCAGUGGACAGCCCUCCUCCUGUACUUCUCCAGGUCACCUCCACAACAGUGUUUUAUGAAAUGCCUUUUUCUCCUUUUUUUGAUGAGUACAUUCUGACCAAGCAACCAACGGCCAACCAAGGACCACUUUCAGGAAACUGAGGUUUGAUUGCUUUAUUCUGCAGCGUUUUUAUAAGGGUAGUUUUCUCCAUAUAGCCACACUGUUCUCAGUGUAUCACACUGUACAGAGUUGUUUUUGUAUAUAUAAAUAUAUAUAUAUGAUUUUAUUUUUUAUUGUUCUUUUCUUUCUUUGAAAAGUGAAUUCAUGAUGACUUUUAUUAACAUGACAUUAACUGGCAUUUUACUCCAAAAAAAGGGCUUGUAGGUUUUCCAAUGACAGGGACUGUAAAGGAGCGUAUGUAAAUGACCUUGUGAUGGAUUCUUUUUUUUUCCUUUUUGAGAGAGUGUAAACAACUAACUCUCCACCAUACUAUCAUUGUAUAGAAUUUUGUCAUACAUUGCUGUAACCAUAGAUUCCAGUAACAUCAAAAAUGUUCCAAAAUUCACUACUGACUUUGAAAUAAACUCUCUAAAUGUAUGUA